UUUGAAAGUUACUGUUAGCUAUUUUCUACUAAAUUUAAUUUGAUUUGUUUUAAUCAAUAUUCUAAUUUGUAAUUAUAAAGAGUCACUAUAAAACACAUAUUUGAAGGACUUUUAUAUUUAUAUUUGGAAAUGAAAAUAUAAAAUUGUUUGACUAAAUUAAAUGAUUUUAGUUGUCAUGUUCGCAGUUUAGGUUGAUAACAUGAAGUUACUUGGUUCUUCGCCUCUGUGUAAAUGGAAACAAUUAAAGAAUUUGGAGAUGCAAUUGGACGACAACACGAUCCUCCAUCAUUUGAGAAGUCGAUAGUCGAUAAAAGCCUAAAGAAUUUGACUGAAAAUCAAUCAUUCGCUACAUGUGGUAAUGACCAAGCAGAAUGUUUGAUCUCCAAUCCAUCCACCUCUGAUUCUAAUUCUGAUCCAGAUAAUUCGUGUUUAUCAAUUAAUAAGAUUACGGAAAUAUUUAACAAUUUCAAAAUUAUUAUGCUUCUUCAAUACAGUAAAGAAUGCUUGGGCUUUAUUGCAAUCAUUCUAACCACGUAUGCAACUCUGCUCAACAAAGAACCGGUCAUUGGAGGGACAACUUCUCCGAAACCUAUUUUCUCGCGAUAUUCAAUAGUACAAGAAUGGCCGUACGGUAAUUUAGCAGAUGUACAAUCAAAAGUAGCUGUGUCUGAGCUGUCACUCAUAUAUUUUUACGCACCUUGGUGCGCUGAAAGCUUGAAUGCAAAGAAAGUCUACAACUCCGUAGCUAAUAUGUAUAGCCAAGAGGUAUAUUUUGCUGCUGUAAAUUGCUGGCAACCGAAUAGUGGCUGCCGCACACUCUAUUCCAAUGUUUAUAAAUGGCCUGUUUUAAUGGCUUACCUACCUAAUGCUUUAUCUGUGCAAUACAACGGGGACUGGAACUUUAGCUCGCUUUCGAAAUUCAUUGACAGAUUGUUAAAUCCUUUUGUAAGAAUUCAUAACAUAAGAGAAUUAACUCAACUCCGCAUUUUCAAUGACGGUGUUAUUUUUGGCAUAUUUAACUCAACUAAUACAAAAGAAUAUCAAAUAUUCUUUCAAACUUCUAUGAAAUGGUUAGAAAACGACGCUAAUCAAAAUAUUAAAUUCGCUGUUUACGUCGGGGAGAAUACUUCAAUGUUUCAAAAUUCAGAACCCAUUCAAGCACCUGUGAUAAAGUUGUUCACUCCAAAUGAUACAAUUAUCUAUAGCAAGAGUAAAUGGACAUCAACAAAUUUAAUUAAUUUUUUGAAACACCAACUAGCUGACGCUACGAUUUGGGUAAGUUUACCCAACAUGAAAUCUGCAACAAUACAUAAAUAUCUGCAAAAAGGUCCCGUUGUCGUGAUGUUCGCACCAAGAGUAUCACCAAGUAAUAAUUACUUAAUUAUGAAACAAUUAAUUUAUUCAUAUAAUAACUACAGAACCGAUCUCAACAACUCAGUCUUAAACGAAUAUAUUUUUGAAAUAAAAAAAGAAUAUCCAGCGAUGUUCAGACGACUCACAAAUGUUUGCGACUCUCUGAAAAAAGUGCAGAAUAAAGAUUUUCAAUCUGAAAUGUUCGAUGGUCGAAGUUGGGGUGACAGUUUAUUUGGAAUGAGUUCGGAAACGGUUAAUUCAUCUAAGCAGAUUUCUUCCAAUUAUCAUCAGCGGAUUGGUGUAGUUAAUACAGACAACGUGAAAUUUUGUGAACGGAACACAGAUAGUACAAUUGAUUAUGCAGCUCCUUAUGAGAUUCUGAGGCGCUUUAUCCAGAAACAAUGUGUGAAUAUGAAUCAAUCUUUUGAAAAAGAUGUAGUUGAACCCAUUAGUUCUUUUGAAUUAUCAGUUUUCGACUACAAAAACAAUCUUACUUUAAAAUUCCUGAUGUUGGACACGAUGGUACACAAGGAAUAUUUAAAUAAUUUUAUUGGAAAUUUAAGGAUACCAGAACAUUCGUCUUUUCCCCCAUCGAAACUAUUCAUCAUUGAUAAUGAUAGGGAAACACUUCACAUGCAAAAGGGUCAUCUGUCUACUAAAACCGCUUUGGAAUUUGUAAGUGAUUUUUAUCAGGGAAAACUUAGCCGUCACACUAGGUCCGUCAAACAACCUGAAUACAAAAAUUACUCAUCGGAUAGUUUAUCGAUAAGCAUAAAAGAAAUAAACUCCCACCAGUUUUCAAAAGUUAUAAACAGGACAAGUGUUACAUCAGUGGUAUUAUUUUAUUCUCCUCUAUGCCCUUUAUGUAAUAUAAUGUCUCAGACACUGCUUCAUACUUCUUAUAUGAUUAAAGCAAUAAAUGUAAGAUUUUAUAGAAUCGAUGCAAGUGCCAAUGAUAUGUGUUGGGAGUACACCAUGGAUAAGCUUCCAAAGCUCAUCGUUUUUCCUAAAAACAGAUCAGGAGAUUCUCAUGUCUUUAUUUCAUCUUUACAAAUAACUGUAAAAAACGUUUUUAGUUUUAUUUUAUCGAACUUGAAUCCCGAACUACAGCUACAAUCAUUGAUAAAUGCUUGUAAGCUAACCAAGCUAAGUUUUGCUUUUCAAAGUUGUAUUGGUAAAGUUCGUGGAAUGAUCAGUAAUGAAAUAAGUCAGCAGCUUCAAAAGUGGGAUCAUAUUCCAUCGAAUCAUACACAAGUUCUAACUCGGUUGAAUGUUUUAAAAGAAAUCUACAAUGAAUUAUUGCGAGCAAGAAAGACUGAAGACCUAACGUUUAUUUCAAAAAAAAUUUUAAAAUAUGGAAGUAUCUAGUGCAAUGAAAACUGAAAGAACAACAAAUUAUACAUACAUACGGAUAAUGUAAAAAGUUAUUGUGUUUUCUUUCCCUAUAGAAGAUGAAUGCUGGUUUCGUAUCAAAAACAAAACAUCAGAACGAAGUUGCUAAUGAUUUUGCCCACUUGAUUAUUUUCGAUAUUAUUAGCCUG